CGAGCAAUGUCCCGCAGGACAGCGCCCUUCUCAUGAGCCCUGAGAUGCGCCAUCGGAGCAAUCCAUCGGCUUCUUCGACUGCAGCAGCAGCACGGCCGAGCUGAGCCCGAGCGACGAGGGAGGUUGAGCUCGAUAGAGCGCGAGAGCUUGGGUCUGGAUCCGUCCGUCCUCUUCUCACGAACGAGAGAGGAAUCGCGGUAUUGGGCGCAAUGGCUGCCUCCAUGGUGACGUGCGCGGCGGUGCCUACACUGAGAUCUGGGGCUUCCAGAAGCACCAACUCUGUCGUGGAGAGCAGCGCAGCGAAGUUUGCCUCGAAGAGCUCCUUUCUUGGACUGAAUGUGAGAGCGCCAACUGUUGUUGCCGCAGCAAGUAGCUCUAGACACUCUGUCGCAGGAAAAGUGAGCGCAUCAGCCUCAGAGCUCGUGCAGGCGAAACCCAAGAGCAAAGCGGACGAUCUCUUAAUUACUAGGGAUGAGGUCCUUGAUGUUUACGAAGAUAUGGUUUUGGGCAGGUCCUUUGAGGACAUGUGUGCUCAAAUGUACUACAGGGGAAAGAUGUUUGGGUUUGUUCAUCUCUACAAUGGACAGGAAGCAGUUUCAUCCGGUGUCAUCCGGCUCCUGAAGAAAGAGGAUUUUGUUACCAGCACGUACAGAGACCACGUGCAUGCCCUCAGCAAGGGCGUUCCUGCCCGUCUUGUCAUGGCUGAGCUUUUCGGAAAGUCAACUGGAUGCUGCCGUGGUCAAGGAGGAUCCAUGCAUAUGUUCUCUAAGGAGCACGGUCUUCUGGGAGGUUUUGCUUUCAUUGGAGAGGGUAUUCCAGUUGCAACAGGUGCUGCAUUCACCACAAAGUACAAGAGGGAAGUGUUGAAGGAUGACAAAGCAGACGCCGUGUCUGUUGCAUUCUUUGGAGAUGGAACUUGUAAUAACGGCCAAUUCUUUGAGUGCUUGAACAUGGCAGCUCUCUGGAAGCUCCCCAUUGUUUUUGUAGUUGAGAACAAUCUGUGGGCUAUCGGUAUGUCUCACGUGAGAGCCACCUCCGUUCCUGAGAUCUGGAAGAAGGGGCCAGCAUUUGGAAUGCCCGGUGUACACGUUGACGGCAUGGACGUCUUGAAGGUUAGGGAAGUUGCCAAAGAGGCCAUUGAAAGAGCGAGAAGAGGAGAAGGACCAACUCUCAUUGAGUGUGAAACCUACAGGUUCAGAGGACACUCCCUUGCCGACCCCGAUGAACUCCGAAACCCUGCUGAGAAGGCUCAUUAUGCAGCACGGGAUCCUAUUAGUGCCCUCAAGAAGUACAUCUUAGAGAAUGAUCUUGCUACUGAAGCUGAACUCAAGGCAAUCGACAAGAAGAUUGAUGAUGUCGUGGAAGAUGCUGUUGAGUUUGCUGAUGAGAGUCCAUUACCUGUGAGGAGUCAAUUGUUGGAGAAUGUUUUUGCCGAUCCAAGAGGAUUUGGUAUCGGCCCGGACGGUAAGUACAGAUGUGAGGACCCUGGAUUCACUGCUGGAACUGCGCAGGUGUGAAGAAAUCUGAUUCAUCGAGGAUGUUGCUCUCUUGACCGAAACUACCUGCACAUGAAGUCUGGGAGCUUGAAAUUUUUCGAAGAGAAGUUGCUCCCCCUAUUUGACACCUGAACAACCUUUCUUGGCCGCAUUCACAACAGUCCACGCGAGUGGUAAAAGAAGUUUAGAUCCCACGAGGAAUCUUAUCAUCGAUUCUUAUUUUAGUGAACAUUCCUACAGGGGAAAUUGGGAUUUACUCCUCUACUCUUAACAUGUCAGCAUGGAGGAAGGGUAAUAUAGUUGAUCUUGCCGUUCGAUUAGCUCCCAAAUUGUGGGUAGAUACGCUUGAUUCCACAUUAAAGCCAGGGAAACAAGUAUAGCGGGAUCUCUAGUGUAUACUUUCGACCACUUGUUACGUCCAGAGGCAAUGUUCAGGUGGUGCCCUCAGAAUUUAUGGUUUGGCUGUGAACACUUCUCUUGUCCUUCUUUAUCAGCUGCAGCCGUGUAAUUUGUUGUUGUAAGUUCCUCUGAUUCAGUGAACAAGAGAAAGAAUCUAUCAGGAAUUUACAAUGAUCUCUGUCGUUAUUGAAGCGCGAAAAUAUUGAUGCGGCGUAAAUUCUGUUCUGAUCAUAUCGGCUUCUAAUGCUUUGUCUUUC